ACAGCUCAUUGUUGGCAAGUGCCGAUGAGCCUCGCAGAGGAGUGAGGAGCGGCGCUGGGGCUGCGGCAGCGGCAGCGGCAGCGGCAGAGCCCCGCCGUCACGUCAGCCCGGGAGAGGAGGGCAGCGCGCUCUAUGCGGGGUGACUGCUGCUGACUGAUUCCACCGCCACCUUUGAAGGGAAGGAAGAAGGCAGCCGGGAGGUGGGAGAUGGCGGAACACAUGAUGGCCAUGAACCACGGGCGAUUCCCCGACGGCGCCGGCGGGCUCCACCACCACCCCGCGCACCGGCUGGGCAUGGGGCAGUUCGCCGCCCCCCACCACCACCAGCACCAGCAGCAGCAGCCGCACGCCUUCAGCGCCCUGAUGGGAGACCAUAUACAUUACGGAGCGGGCAAUAUGAACGCGAGCGGCGGGGUCCGGCACGCCAUGGGGCCGGGCGGCGUGGGAGGGGGGCACCCGGCCGGCAGCAUGCCGCCCCCCGCCCGCUUCAGCGGCUCCCAGUUCAUGGCCGCCCCCGUGGGCAGCCCGGGAGGGCAGCUGAGCGCCAGCAUGCAGCUGCAGAAGCUCAACAACCAGUACUUCAGCCACCACCCGUACCCGCACGGCCACUACGUGCCGGACUUGCACCCCGGCGGCCACCCGCUGAGCGGCGGCGGACAGCAUUUCAGGGACUGCAACCCCAAGCACGGCGGCGGAGGCAGCGGCUUGCCGCCCGCCGUGCCCCACGUCCCCGCGGCGAUGCUGCCGCCCAAUGUCAUAGACACUGACUUCAUCGACGAGGAGGUCCUCAUGUCCUUAGUCAUCGAAAUGGGGCUGGAUCGCAUCAAGGAGCUGCCCGAGCUGUGGUUGGGACAGAACGAGUUUGACUUCAUGACGGACUUCGUUUGCAAACAGCAGCCCAGCAGGGUGAGCUGCUGAUUCAUUUCCAACAAACAAAGGACUUUCUAGCGGUGCGAGUGAAAACAUUCCCCCCGACGCGGUGUCUCACUUUUCGCUGCCCGAAAAGGUGAGAAUCUGGAAAGCAGAGUAAACUAUGCGCUUGCGUAAACUCUUUUCUUUUUUUUUUUUUCUUUUUUUUUCUUUUUUAAUUGCUGCCACUUUUUAUUUUUGUAGCCUCGACAUUCACGUGUCCUCCCCCCGCCCCCCCCCCCCCCCUCCCAUCCUUCCCCCGUCCCCCCGGGGAUCGUUCCCAUCGAACUGUGCCUUUGGGCGCUGUUUGCCCCCUCCCCUCUCCUCAUUUCCUCGCAGGAACGUGCCCAUCACUCCCACCGUGCUGAACAGAUAGAUGUUAAUCUCGGCGAACUGCUUGAUCUUGGGGAUUUUGGAAACGCCGGUUUCCGAUGACUCGAGCUGCAUUCAAAUUCUGAGGGAACAGGGAAAAAGGCAUUCGUUGGUUGCAUGAACUUUGAAGGGCAGAUACUACUGCACAAAUGCUGCCAUCUUGCUUAAUUUUUAACUAUGCAUCGCAGUGCAGACUAAUAAAUACAUUCUUUUAUUUUGUUUGUCGGAGACGCUAAACUGGAAGCUUAGCAGAUGUGGGCCAAACCUUUCCGGAUCAGAACAAUUAAUACUGUUACUUAAGAGUCUGCUGCCCAUUCCCCCUCCCCCAUAUGUACAGACAAUAAUAUGGUGUGGAUGGAAUGCUGACUAGUGGCAAACAUUUCACAGGUCUUCUUUAUCUCUCUCUAUUUCUUUUUUUUUUUUUUUUAAUUUUUAUUUUAGUUCCGAUUAUUUUCCUGUCUUCAGCAUUUGGACACUGUGCUAAUAUAGUUUAUUCCGUACAUGAAAAGAUACUACUGUGUUGAAAGCUUUUCAGGAAAUUUUGACAGUAUUUUUGUACAAAACAUUUUUUUGAGGAAAAUAUUGUUAAUUUAUUCUAUUUUAAUUUGCCAACGUCAAUAAAAAGUUAAGAAAUGCUUUA